AUGGACCCAGCUUACAUCAGAUGGCUGAGGGAGGUCAGACAAGAAGAGUCCAAGGCCAACCUCAUCAUACAAAAGAGAAAUGAAUUGCGUCUACGAACAGAAUUAGAAAAUGAUGCCAAGAGAAAUGCUUCCAGGCAAUCUGAACAUGAGAAAAUAGCUCGUGUGUUGGACCAAGCCGACCGUGCAAUACUCGAAACACAGCAAGAGCAGGAGACAGUGCCGCAAGAGCUGGACAAUGCGGGAGAAUUUACCUUGUCUCCCACCAUUCUCCUUCGUGCACUCUAUGAAUGGGAAACCAUGAGGCAGCUCGAAGAGGAGAAAGCCUUGGGCCGCCCAUCCAGCGAGGUGGCCAGAUGCGUGGCACCUGUGUUCACCUUGCCCUUCUUCGAAAGCAAGACUGCAGAGCUCGUCACACAGGUGGCGUACCAAAGCCGUUUCUCGCUGGAGUUCCUGUACCAGGAAGGCCUGAUCAAGCGGGAUGGCACCACCAGGAACCUGGCGAACCUCUGCACGCACCUCUUCGAAGCGGAACCUGCCAACCUCAUUCUUGUCAGGCUUCUCAGCAGCGGACUCCUCCACGAAUACCUCACUGCCGAGGCUGCUAAGACGGUGAAGGGGGAUCGCAAGAGUCAUCUCACCGUGAAGCUGGCCUCCGUGUCGGGAGCCUCUGAGACUCUCUGA